CUGUCUGUGAUAUAGGAUCUGCUUCUUUUAAAUACGAUAUGCGCCGACUGAGUGAGAUUCUAGCCUUUCCAAGGGCUUGGUACAGGAGAAGCAUUGCUAGACGGCUUUUCCUAGGUGACCAAACAAUAAAUCUGCCAGCAUCGGGCCCUGGAACACCAGAUUCACUUGAAGGGGUAAGCCAGCAUCUUUCUCCUGAAUCAUCACGGAAAGCAUACUGUAGGACGUGGGAGCAGCCCUGCCAAUCUGCUUCGUUUACACACAUGGCACAGUCACCUAAUGUUUUUAGUGAACAUAAUGCAAGCAGCAGUAUGUCACCUGGGACAGCAUCUCAUAGCUUAAAGUCUCCAGCUGUUACAAGAUCCAGGAGCGUGUCUGACUCUUCAGUGCCUCAGAGAGAUACUCUCUCAAAAACAUCAACUCCAUUUAAUAAGUCAAAUAAAGCUGGAAACCAGCAAGGAACACCAUGGGAAACACUGGUCGUAUUUGCUAUGAACCUAAAACAAUUAAAUGUUCAAAUGAAUAUGAGCAAUGUAAUGGGCAACACUACGUGGACCACCAGUGGUUUGAAAAGCCAGGGCCGUCUGUCUGUGGGUAGUAGCAGAGACCGGGAAAUUAGCAUGUCUGUUGGCUUGGGAAGAUCACAGCUGGACUCCAGAGGGGGUGUUGUUGGAGGUACCAUAGAUGUUAAUACCCUGGAGAUGGUGGCUCAUAUUUCUGAACACCCAAAUCAACAGCCCAGUCAUAAAAUUCAAAUUACCAUGGGUUCUACUGAAGCACGUGUUGACUAUAUGGGGUCCAGUAUCCUAAUGGGAAUCUUCAGUAAUGCUGAUCUUAAACUACAGGAUGAAUGGAAAAUUAAUCUGUAUAAUGCUUUGGACUCGAGCAUCUCUGAUAAAAGUGAGAUAUUUGUCCAUGGGGACUUGAAAUGGGAUAUCUUCCAAGUAAUGAUUUCAAGAUCGACUACACCAGACCUAAUAAAAAUAGGAAUGAAACUCCAAGAGUUCUUUACUCAGCAGUUUGAUACAAGUAAACGAGCUUUGUCCACUUGGGGACCUGUUCCUUAUCUCCCUCCCAAGACAAUGUCCAACAACAUAGAGAGAAGUUCACAUGAGCAAUUGUUGGAUGCAGCCCAUCAUCGCCAUUGGCCAGGAGUUCUGAAAGUGGUAUCUGGGUGCCAUAUAUCCUUAUUUCCGAUGCCCUUGCCAGAAGAUGGAAUGCAAUUUGGAGGAUCCAUGAGCCUGCAUGGAAACCAUAUGACGCUGGCUUGUUUUCACGGACCUAAUUUCCGCUCAAAAUCGUGGGCCUUAUUUCACCUUGAAGAACCCAAUAUUGCGUUUUGGACAGAAGCCCAGAAAGUUUGGGAGGAUGGUACCAGCGAACACUCCACGUAUAUUGUGCAAACCCUGGACUUUCAUUUGGGCCAUAACACUAUGGUCACCAAACCAUGUGGAGCCCUUGAAAGCCCUAUGGCGACAAUCACAAAGAUAACAAGGCGCCGCCAUGAAAACCCUCCCCAUGGAGUUGCCAGCGUGAAAGAGUGGUUCAAUUAUGUUACAGCCACAAGGAAUGAAGAGUUAAACCUGCUUCGAAAUGUUGAUGCCAACAACCCAGAGAGCAGCACAACAGUGAAAAGCUCAAGCUUACUAAGUGGCUUCAGAGGUGGCUCCAGUUACAACCAUGAAACUGAAACCAUCUUUGCCUUACCAAGGAUGCAGCUGGAUUUUAAAUCUAUCCAUGUUCAAGAGCCCCAAGAGCCUUCAUUACAAGAUACAAGUGUUAAACCAAAGGUGGAAUGCAGUGUAGUAACUGAAUUUACAGACCACAUUUGUGUAACUAUGGAUGCUGAAUUGAUUAUGUUUCUCCAUGACUUGGUAUCUGCUUAUCUAAAAGAAAAAGAAAAAGCAAUUUUUCCUCCUCGCAUUUUGGCUGCUCGUCCAGGGCAGAAAAAUUCCGUUGGUGUUCUUGAGGACAGCUCCACUGACAAAGAGGCAGAGGAAAGCAUUACUUACACUACAGUUGACUGGAGAGAAUUUAUGUGCAAUACUUGGCAUUUGGAACCCACGCUCAGAUUAAUAUCCUGGACUGGGAGAAAAAUUGAUCCCGUUGGUGUUGACUACAUUCUCCAAAAGCUGGGCUUUCACCACGCAAGGACUACUAUUCCUAAGUGGCUGCAGCGCGGUGUCAUGGAUCCUUUGGACAAAGUUUUGUCAGUCCUUAUAAAGAAACUUGGUACUGCACUACAGGAUGAAAAGGAAAAGAAAGGAAAAGACAAGGAAGAAUACUAAAACUAUAAUGUGACAACCGUAAUUCCGUUUGAUUUUAUCAAAGUGUUUUAUUGUAUUUUAAGAAUUUAAAUAUGGUUUAAAGAGAAACCUAACAGCUUUUUGCUACUCUAUUUAAAACUUACAUUGUGAGUAACUGUUUACCGUGGUACAUGAUACCAUUCUGUAUUUGAAGUUACUGCAUGAUGAUGACCAAUGUACAUUCUGUGAAGGAAUAGCUGGAACACUGUAAAUCUGCUCCCCAGCGUCCGCUGUUUUAUUAUGUGCAAUAUCAUUCCUGCAUCUUCAGAAUACUUGCAGAUUAACUGUGAAUUUUCAUAAACUUUAUUUGCCAUAACACGAACCCCUCGUUGAUGUGACCGGUAAUUGAUUUGUCAGUGUAGCCUUGUGUAAAUUUUAUACAUAUAUAUAUAUAUUAACUUAUGAAACUGUGAUUGCCUUAGUGCUAAAAAUCAGUAAGUUUAUUACACUUGUAAUAAAAUUUAACUACUGUACAG